UUGUUAUGACUUGGAGUUGAGUCAGCUGACACUUCGGAGGCGACGGUCACGACAAUCUCUCUGCACAAUGCAUGGUCGCCUGAAAAUAAAAACAACAGCCGAGCAGGCAGCUGAGAAGCAGAAGGAGAGAGAAGAAAAGAGGAAACUCUAUCUUGGGGGCCUAACAAAGGCUUUUGAUAAGAGAUCAACAGGAACCUAUGAUGAGGAAGGGCUGAAAGUGACGGCACAGCUGCUCAUGGCCAAUCCUGAUGCCGCGACCUUGUGGAAUUUUCGAAGGGAAAUUAUCCUGGCCAUGAAAAGUGACGACCAUGAGUCUUGGGACAAACUCCUCCAGGGGGAACUGUCAGUCGUGGAAAACUGCCUGAUGAAAAACCACAAGAGCUAUGGGGCUUGGCAUCACAGGUGCUGGGUCAUGGAAAACUUUCCCAACCCUCCCUGGGACAAGGAACUGGCUCUCUGCGAUAAAUAUCUCAAGGCAGAUGAGAGGAACUUCCACUGUUGGGAUUACCGUCGAUUUGUUGUUGCUCGAAGUAGCAAGCAGCCAGAAGAUGAACUGAAGACAUCGCAGCAGCUAAUAGAACGAAAUUUGAGCAAUUAUUCGGCCUGGCAUUACCGCUCAAAGCUGCUACCACUUGUGUAUCCACCAUUGCCAGACACCCCACAUCCAGUUCCAGAGAACACCCUGAUUAAGGAGUUGCAGACAGUGGUUGAAGCAGUCUUUACAGAUCCUUCUGACCAAAGCCCAUGGUUCUUCCUGAGGUGGCUUGUCAACAGACAGGAAAAGAACCCAAGAUUGUUACAGACUGGAUUUAUCAGCAGUGGAACCAAGGAUAGCUUGCUUGUGUGUGUGUUCUCAAAACCUCUCAUGCAGCAAAACAUCCCACAGAUUUCUGUUGAUGAUGAAGAUGUUGGAAACAAUGAGUGGCAUGCACCUGAUAAUGAGACUUAUUCAUAUGUAUGGGUUGUACAGUUGAAGGAGCUAUCAGAGGGUGAGCACUCCAUUGCAAUCAGCUUUAAUUCUUCCACCAAAAAAAGCUUGACGGUGUCCCCUGGAAAAACCUCGGUAGCGUGGAUGACAGAGCUGGAGGAAGAACUAACAGGUCUCACAAGAUCGACGUUGGAAGAAGUCAAGCAGAACUGUAUAACUUUAGACGAGUUAGAUCCUGGUAACAAAUGGGUGUUAUUAACCAUAGUAGACGUGAUGUGGGCUCUAGACUCGUACAGCCAUCAAGCAAAGAUCAGCAGUUACCUCUCACAACUUCAGGACCUUGAUCCACUUCGCACAAAAUAUUAUGCAGAUAUGAAGAGCAAGUUAUCUAUGGAGACAGCUUUGAAGAAACACCGUUUAACAACUGAAAAUGAUGAUCAAUUCAAGCUAAAUGAAAGAAGGCUUACCCGAAUAGCCUACAGUCACCUACUAGCAUGCAGCAAAUCUGUUGAUCUGAGUUGUAAUGAGCUGUCUUCAAUACAGCCACUAAAGUCUCUUGUAGCAUGUAAGGAGCUGCUUUUGGAUGACAACCAAAUUGCUGAUGUUACUCCUCUAGUAUUUCUCAAGAAACUGGAAAAACUCUCUCUGUCCAAAAAUAAAAUUGACUCGCUUGAUCAGCUCAAACCUUUACAAGAAAUUCUUACAUUAAAGGAGUUAACCUUAAGCAGUAACAACAUAUGUAAUAUUGAAAAUAUUGAUGAACAGGUUAAGGAAUUCUUGCCACAGGUUCAAAGAGUUAUUUGGUGAAGUACAGUCUGUAUAGAUAUGGUGUGAAAAAGAACUUGUUAUAAAUGAACAGAUCUAUAAGUAUACGUCAUGGAAAAUUUUGUGGACUGUGGUUCCAUUUUUGCGCAAAGUCUAAAGAUUACAGAUCUAGUUGUAGCAUGUGCAUAUGAAGAAUCUGAACUUUAUAAUUCACUAAAUGCAUUAGCAAUCAGGGAGAUUUUCAUGCUUUACCUUUUUCAAAAUUUAUAUUAAUUUUUAGUCGAUUUUACUGCUAGAAUGGAAGCUAAGAUGUUACCAAAAACAUUUUUUAUAGUUUUUCACCAAUUCUGUUUAUUGAAUUUUUUUGUUUACAUUUUCUAUGGGCUAUUUAAAAUUGUUGAAUUUUUUAAAAAACACUGUUGUAAUUCCAUUUAUAUUGUUAUAUGCAAUUUUUGUUAGUUAAAAUUUUUACUCCUGGCUGGAAUAGGGCCAGGUAGAAAGCUUUCAACUAUAUGAUAUGUUUAAAUAUCUUUCCAACUUUAUCAAAAUUGUAUUUAUUAUAAUAUGUAUACAUUUAAUAAUAUUAAAGAGAAACUUACUGUGUCGUAAUUUUAUUGAAGCACGCAAACAGAGAUUUUGCAAUGUUUGCAGAAGACUCUUGCCAAAGUUGUAUUUAUUUAAAUUUGAACUUACAUUAUAACAUUUUAUUGUCACUGUUGGGGAAAAUCAAAUAAUGAUAUUAUCCCUAAUGAUUGCUGGUCACUCUAAUAUGUUGUUCUGUAAUGGGGAUGACAGAAAUAAAUUUUAUGGUCGCAUUAA